GUUGUGUUUUCUAUAUUUAAAACAUUUGCAACUGUAGAGAAAUGUGUUACAGCUGCACCGGUGUCAGCCAUGGCUCCAUCCUGCACACGUGUCAGGUUUCAGCAUCGUGCUGCACCUCUUUGCUUUGCUUUCCAAUCAACAAGAUAUGCUGGUAGUAUUGCCACAGUGGAGUAAAGGAUUAAACGAGGAGAAAAGCCAAGGGAGGAAAUGACAGUUUGCCUUUACAAAUGUCUGACAGCUGCUGGGCUGCAGCGUUAUUAUGCAAGGUUCACCUUGAUGGGUGUUUACCAAGCAGCCCACCUUUCGGCUCUCAGGAUGGAGGACUACCCCCUCCUGGGAGUUUGCUCAAUGGAGGACAGAGCUCGCCUUUUCCAGCUCGUUCAACUAGUUAAAAGCCAUGAUCUAACGAGCCUUACAUAUGACAAUGUUGGGAUGUACAAUGAGUCCGAUUAUGAAGGAGGUGAUGAGAUGUUUCCUCUCAAUAAUUGUAGUUUAGGUCCAGAUGGGUAUGGAAACCGUGAUGGAGAUGGGAGACACAACAACGAUAAAAGUAGAGCUUUCCUGUGUAAUUCUAAUACUUCCUGUUACAGACCAUCAUGCAUUUGCAGAAGGCUGGAUUUCUCUACUGAAAACACAAAUCAGAGCUUGUGUUCCAACUUUGAAGAAACUAUUCAUGCCUUUACAGGUCAAAACAGGAGUGAUGAUCCAGUUCCUGAAAAGGCAUCAGCCACACCCAUUCAGCUCAGGCUUUGUAGCCGAAGUGCUUUGGUGUGUGACCUUGGACAAAGCAAAAACAGUACGCUAAAUGAGCGUAGCUGUUCAGGUGAUCAUCAUAAUGGAGAAAGCAUUAAGCAGCGCAUCACACAAGAAACCUCUGUGUUCAACUCUCACAUCAGAUCAGUACCAAAGAGUCAGACAUGCAACAAACCAUUUGCACAGAGAAAGAGAAAAACAAGCUCUUGGAAGAAAAACUGCCCUGUAUAUGUUACCAAGCCCAUACCUGUUUACGAAGCAAAAAGAACAGCUGACUACAACUAUGGACUGCCUCUGAGUUCUCAUCCAGCUGCUAAACAUGUGGAAGGACGACGGAUCAGUGUGUGUGUGAGGAAACGACCUUUGAUUAACGCAGAGUGCAGAAGAGGAGAAGCAGAUGUUGUGACCACUCCAAGUGCAGAAUGUGUGGUUGUGCACGAAAGCAAAGAAGCUGUCGAUCUCAGAGAGUAUAUACUACAGCAUAGGUUCCAUUUUGACCAGGUUUUUGGGGAGGGGAGCUCCAAUGAAGAGGUUUAUCAGAAAACGGCAUACCCUUUGGUUCAGCACAUGCUUAGUGGAGGCAAGGCCACCUGCUUUGCCUAUGGACAGACGGGUGCUGGAAAGACUCACACCAUGCUGGGUUCAUCCCCUGGAGGAAAUGGGUUAUAUGCUCUGGCAGUUCAGGACAUUUUCACUUAUCUGUCCUCGACAUGCGCAUCACUGCUGGUUUAUGUCAGCUUUUUUGAAAUCUAUUGCGGUCAUCUGUACGACCUGUUGGGACACAGGAAAAGGUUAUUUGCCAGGGAGGAUGGAAAGAAAGUGGUCCACAUUUUAGGUCUGCGGGAGGUCAGGGUGGAUUCAGUCAGCUCGCUGCUGGAGAUAAUUUCCCAAGGAUCAGCUGAACGAACUCAAGGGACAAGUGGUGUGAACCCACUUUCGUCUCGAUCUCAUGCCUUGCUUCAGAUUCAGCUCAGGGAUUUCAACCAGAAGAUAGCUGGACGAAUGUUUUUCGUGGACCUUGCAGGAAGUGAGAGGGCAUCAGAUGCCUGCGAACCAAACAAACUGAGCCGUAUGGAGGGAGCUGAGAUCAACCAAAGCCUCCUCGCUCUGAAAGAAUGCAUCCGUUCUCUUGACAAAGAGGAAUCUCACACCCCUUUCCGACAAAGCAAGCUCACCCAGGUACUAAAGGACUCAUUUGUCGGUGAUUCAAUGACAUGUAUGAUUGCCAACAUUUCACCAGGUCACUCAGCAACUGAGCACACGCUCAAUACUCUGAGAUAUGCAGAUCGUGUGAAGGAGUUGAGAGGACAAAGUGGGCUAAUGGGAAGAAGAAGAAUCAACAACAACGUAUCACAGUUUGACAAGAAGACCCCAUCUGGCAGCAUCAGGGACAGAAGAAAUGCUGGGACCUCUAAAAAUGCAAAGUCAGAAAAUAAGGUCAAGAAUUUUAGAACCAAAAUUUCCACAAGAGCACACCCAUGGGACGCAGUUUUGUGCUCAACACCAAAAAAAAAUCCCUAUGCAGAGGAGGCACUCCCGAGAGAUGGAAAAGACAUUGAAUUUCAACAUAUCAGUCCAGUUAGAGGGUGUUUGGCACAAAAUGAAGGACCAGAAGUCAGACAAGAUGGGAAGACUGAAAUUGACGUUCACAGUAACUGUGUUAGCGGGAAACAUACCAGAGCAGAGGGAAUGUUUGGACAACAAAACGGGAAAGGCGGGAUUUGGGAUGCUUUAACUGUUUCUAAAAGAGAAUCUGGAUUCUACCAAACAGAAAAGGAGGCUAUGAAAUGGAGGCAGAGAGAGGAACAAGAAUGGAUUGAAAUGAGAACACGGGCGGAACGUUCUAGAGACACAUGCAGGAUGGACAAAUUGUUACAUAAAGCUGGUGAUAAUGAUGAGAAAGUCAAGCAUUUAAGAGAGUAUCAUCAGCAGCUGCAGCAGUUCUCACCUUCACCAUCCUCUUCAUUAGUCCAUCCUCUUUCAUCAUCAACAUCGCCACGUUUUUCUACCUCCACUCAGGGACAUCCAUCUUCCUCCAUGCAUUCAUCUCACUUUUCACUCUUGACCCAUAAGUAUCCUUGUUUGGAAAAGACUUCAGAGGUACAAACUGAAACAUCUGCAAACAGCCAAGAGAAUAUCCCCAAGGGUGACAUAUGUGAAAGGCAGAGUAAGAUGGUUACUGACGCAGCAGGUAGGGCAACUAUAAGGAAGGAGGAUGAGAGGCUAGGUGGUAGGAAAGGAAAUACAAAAAAUACUGAGACACAUCUGCUGGGUAGCAAUGUUUCAGAUGACAGAAGAGAUGAGGAACUACAGAGACUUGAAACUAGAGGUAGUGUCUGGCGCCUCAAGCAGAAAGGAAUGUCUGACUACAGCAGAAAUCCUCUGUUUGACUCACCUCUCCUCCAAGCUAUUGCUGAGAGGCCCCUUUCCCCAAUUUGUGUAGAUACCAGAAAAAUGCAUGUUUUACCUCAAGUUGACACUCAUGGAGAUUCUGUAAGCCACAUUAUGGAUCCUCUCUGCGUGUCCCAACUUCAUGUAGACCAGCAGGCUUCUCUAGGCCCCUGUAUCCAAAGGGAUAAGAGCAGCACCUGCAUCUUUUCAACUAAAAAUGAGAGUGAGAUAUACAAUAGUCAGGAAACUAGAAAAGACUGUCCAUGCUAUGUAGAGAAGGAAGAGAAGAUGGUGAAUGAUUCAUAUGCAAAGUUUGAUUUGCCUCUUUUGGAGCUGCCGCACUCAAAGAACUUCAAAAUGGAUACAUCUUCUACAUUAAACACUUCAACUGGAGCUCUUCACCAUCCACAGAGAUACAUCAGUGGAAAAGGUAAAAACAACCCUUCUUUCCUUGAAGGCCAUGACAGCAGUGAGAAAAAGGAACCAACUGUGGAAAGGAAUACAGCUGCAUCCAUGAGGAAACCCUGGACUACUUCCUUUAUACAGAGCAUUGAAUGUUCUGACUCUCAUUUUUCAAACAGCGCAUUAGAAUAUGCUCAUGAAACGGUAUCAAAAUCUUUCUCAAACAUAUCUGAGCAACAAUUGGAGCCUCUCUCUGGGAACUUGAACUUAGCACAGUCAAAUUAUUGUAAUUGCUCAAAAUUUGUUGCUGAGACAAACAAUUCUGCUAAGCUUAGUGAUGGAGAAAAGGGCAACCAGCAAAUCACCAUGGAGAGAAUGCACCAUGCAAGGCUGUGUAUUAUUGAAGCCCACAUGGAGCAGCUGAAAGAGAUGAAGCAUCUAUGUCACAAAGAGGGAGAACUUCUGUGCCAGCAGCAUGAUUUGGUCUUUGUGGAAUUUGUCAACAAGCUGGUAGAGAUCCUGGACAGAAAGGCUCAUAGUGUAAACAACAUGAGAGCUCAGCUGAUGGCAUAUCUGAAGUCUAACCAUGACGCAACACAAGAGGAAGAUGAAAAUGCUGUUUUUUAAAUCAAACUUGUUUUUUAGAAAAAUAAAUUGAGGAGAAUUGUGGGUUAUAUUGAUGUCCCAUGAGAUAGCUGCAGCCUCAUGUCUUAUGGGACAUCAAUAUAACAAUCAGGAGGAAGCUGGGGUAUGUGCAGAAAACAUGGAGGUUCAACUAAACAUUGUGCAGUUAGAAGUGGCUUUUUUUUUUUUUUUUUUUACAAAACAAAAGUGAUUGGACAGAAAUCAGACACAGAGAGUUAGGCCACUUACUAAUACAGCAUGUCUAGGAAUAAUUAAAUUGAAAGCUACAAGCCAGGAUUCCCAGUUUAACAUCAAUGUGUAACCUUGCUAAUGGACUUAUAGAAGAAAAUUCAAAGUUUUCUAUUUACACAUUUACACACUUAAACCUUCUGGACAGCCUCCCCAAAAGAGUUAAAUCUGUUAUAACUCUAUAAAGUGGGCUGACAUUACAUUAAACCCUGUGGAUAAAGGAAGUUCCUCAAGUCUAAAUCAGUCUGAAGGUGGUCAAUAGCUUUACUAAUUUGUUUUGAAAAUGUUUUACACUCUUGUUUUAUUUUAUCCUGCAGCACUAUACAUCACAUGUCUUGCUGCAACUUAUGAUUAUUUUAAUGAACAGUUGAUCAUUCUGAAACAUUUUUUAAAGAUACAAUGCUGAUGUUAUCUCUCACAUUUUAAUCAUACUCUGAGUUUGCCCAGAAUAGUCCUCCCCAAAAAGUUGUAAACAGUGAUGGUUAUGUCUGACCAGUUUGCUGGUCAAUCAAGUACUGUGAUGUGAUGGUGAUUAAAGCAGCUAUUGGCUUUUUCCCACAA